AUGACUAUCAUGCAUCAUACGCCGCCAAAGGAAUUGAAUAAUAUAAACCAGAUCCAAGAUUGUAGGGGGCUCGAGGAGGUCUCUCAAGUUAUGGGACCCUGGUUUCAGGUAAAAGGUGUUAAGCAUAGAACAAACCCCAAGCUACUGGGCCUCACUGAUUUAAAACUGACCAAGUACUGCUGCCUAACCGGGGCUGGGCUGGCAGGGAACUAG